CCUGACCUUUCACCCACUUGGCACUCUGGGUGUGACCCUGCUCCGGGACGUGGCAGGGCCGUAACUGGCAGUCCCGUGUCCUGCCGGCUGCUGGGCAGGAGGCCACCAGUCCCUCCGCCCGGGCCCUAGCUGCCCCAAGUCCAGAGCAGGAGCGAAGGACGGAGAAGAGGGAGGACAGCUGUCCUCAGUGAGGGCCCCUGUGCCCGGCCCUGAGCGUGCACCAUGGGCCUGCUCGCCUACCUGAAGACGCAGUUCGCCGUGCACCUGCUCAUCGGCUUUGUCUUCGUGGUGAGUGGGCUGGUCAUUAACUUCACGCAACUGUGCACACUGGCCCUGUGGCCCAUCAACAAGCAGCUCUACCGCCGCCUCAACUGCCGUCUGGCCUACUCCCUCUGGAGCCAGUUGGUGAUGCUGCUGGAGUGGUGGUCCUGCACCGAGUGCACGCUCUUCACCAACCCGGCCGACAUGAGCCACUUUGGGAAGGAGCACGUGGUCAUCAUCCUCAACCACAACUUUGAGAUCGACUUCCUGUGCGGGUGGACCAUUUGCGAGCGGUUCGGCGUGCUGGGGAGCUCCAAAGUCCUGGCCAAGAAGGAGCUGCUCUACGUGCCCCUCAUCGGCUGGACGUGGUACUUCAUGGAGAUCGUGUUCUGCAAGCGGAAGUGGGAGGAGGACCGAGACACGGUCAUCAAGGGGCUGAAGCGCCUGGCCGACUACCCCGAGUACAUGUGGUUCCUCCUGUACUGUGAAGGGACGCGCUUCACAGAGACCAAGCACCGUGUCAGCAUGGAGGUGGCCGCCUCCAAGGGGCUGCCGCCUCUCAAGUACCACCUGCUGCCGCGGACCAAGGGCUUCACCACCACAGUCCAGUGCCUGCAGGGGACAGUGGCGGCCAUCUAUGAUGUGACCCUGAAUUUCCGAGGAAACAAGAACCCUUCUCUGCUGGGGAUCCUCUAUGGGAAGAAAUAUGAGGCGGACCUGUGUGUGAGGCGGUUCCCUCUGGAGGAGAUCCCGAAGGACGAGCAGGGGGCAGCACAGUGGCUCCACAAGCUGUACCAGGAGAAGGACGCACUGCAGGAAAUGUACAAGCAGAAGGGCAUCUUCCCCGGGGAGCAGAUCAAGCCUCCCCGGAGGCCGUGGACCCUGCUGAACUUCCUGUGCUGGGCCACCUUUCUCCUCUCGCCCCUCUUCAGCUUCGUCCUGGGCGUCUUUGCCAGUGGGUCCCUGCUGCUGAUCCUCACAUUCCUGGGGUUUGUGGGUGCAGCAUCCUUCGGAGUCCGCAGACUGAUAGGGAUGACUGAAAUAGAAAAAGGCUCCAGCUACGGAAACCAGGAAUUUAAGAAAAAGGAGUGAUUGAUGGCAGUGACUGAAUGCACAGAACCUGAUGUGGUAUCAAAUUAACUCAAUUAAAAACAGAGCGACACACAGAGCGAGGAGAAAGAGACACUUAGAAACUAUUUUUCUUAUUAAUUGGUGACUAACAUUAACCAAUAAAACUUGAGCCAAGAGCAAAGAACUGAGAAGCCUGCCCAAUGAAGACAGCACCGGCAGGGUCCCCGCCCGCUGGCCCGCCCACCUGCAUGCCAUGGACAAAGGCGCCAGAGGGCCGGUGGCCCGGGCUGGGGACCAAGGCUCCAAGCAGGGUGUGGCCAUCUCUGCACAGCGCCGCUUCCAAGGGGGCCUUGGGCUGCUUUCUCUUCUUAAACCUAGAUGGAGGGUUUUGGUUUUCUCGGUGUUUCAGGAACGUAACAUGGUCCCUCAGCUUUUCCCCUGCGCCCCUCAACACUGGCUCCCCGUGAAUCUCCCGCUGUCCCCUGGGGGUGGUCAGCGGCUCCCAGUCCCCCAGAGAGCUGCUGUCCUUCCCUGCUUGGCACCUUCACUUCUAGACCCUGGGAGGGGCCGGAGAGGGUCCUAGAGAUAAGCACACUGAAUGUCCCUCUGUCGCUGGCAGAACCGAGCGCCCAUUCGUUUUCUGCAGCCCCGCCUGCCCCACUUCCUGUUUAACUGUGUGUAGACAUUUUGCAUCUCUUCGUAAAGUGAAUGGACCGUGGAGAGCUCGGUGCCACGAGGAGGCCUUCCUUCUCCUGAAGCUCCCCUGUCCCUCUCCUCCACUUUGUGGCCAUCGGGCUGGGGCCAGGCACAGAAAGGUCGUGGCCAGCGGGACCAGCAGGCCCUUUCUUGAGUUGAGACCAUCAGCGCCGAGCCUAUUGGCUCCUGGAGAUUUUGCUUUUACUCGUUGGUUUGAGGACGGCUCACCACUUCCUGAGGGGAACAGGAAGCAGAGGCUUCCCUUCCUCUCUCGCCCUCCGUGGGGCGCAGUGCAUCCUCAGGAAGGGCUGCCCCGUCCAGGCAGGUGAGGCCUGCUCCUCACCCCUGUGACAGCCCGAGUGUCCCUGCAGAGGACAGGGUGUCUCCGCCCACACUCUGUCCUCACCGAGGUCCCUUGUCCCUCCGGGAAGAUGUUUCUUCCGGCAUCAUGAGCCCAGCCUGGCAGCCGGGGGCUGCUGGGCCACCUGGAGCAGUGGCCAGGUCUCUCCCCCUCAGCCCGCUCUGGCAUCGUGCUGCUGCUGGCCACCUGCACUGGGCUUCGUCCCGAACUUCCGCAGUCUCCUUAGUGACACUCCCUCCACCUUUCUCAGCAGGGGAGAAUUGGGCUGCUCUGGGAUGUAGGACCAGCAGUCUGAAUGUCGGCAGAUCGAGCCUGCGAGGGAGAAGCCAGAGGAGAGGCACGAAGAUUAGAAAGGAAAUCGAGGAGUCGAUUCUGCAUGGAUCUUGGGCGCUUGGGGGUGAGGGAGGGGCCUGGCUCUGUGUGGGAGUCACCACAGCGCUCCCGCCUGUGUGAAGGGAGCAGCAUGGACCGUCCCGGUCCCAGUCCGGCUGUUCCCGAGGGCAGUGGCAGAGCACGGUGCCUGCUGAGGGUGAAGGCGUUGCCAAGGAACGCACUCGACCUCUCCCUCCUCAGAGUGUGGCCCCCGUAGGCCCUGGCUGCUGAGCCACCCGGAGUUGCCCUUCUUUUUCUUCCCCGAUGCACUGUUCUCGUCUUCCGUGUGCUCGGGCUCGGGCGGUCACUGAGUCGCUAACACCAGGCGCGGGUAGCAGUGCAGGCCGGAUGUGCACGCCCGGCUCCACCGCUGCGUGGUUCACGGCUCUGGCUUCCCAAGAGGCCCUCCCCAGCCGACACUCAAGGGGUAAGUGCCGCCCUGAAGAUCGGGCGCAGGCUUCACCCCGAGACCCCUUCUGGCUCCGCGUGCACCGCAACACCAAGCCUUCCGAGAGCAAUAAAAAUCACGCUGUGAAUGUUUGGGCUUUUUUUUUUUUUUGUGAAGGGGUUUUGCUUUCAUCUGCUUUUGAAGGAAGAGGGAGGAGCACUCCCUUGAUUUUUAAAUUAAAUUCCUGUGUGUCAGAAUAGUGCUUUCUCUUUUCCUUUACCCUAGUCCGAACCUCACAUGUUGCUGGAGUCCUGCUGGAUUCAGGCAGAGUAUUGGGGUGAAGCAUCUUGACACCCUCUGACAUCCGUGCUAGCCACCAUGGGGGCUAAGGCCUGGGCCAAGCUGUGGGGUAGUCUGGGGGCUCCCAGGAGGCUCCCAGGACCCCAGGACCUGGGCUCUGCCCGUGGAUGCCCACCUGGGACAAGAUGGCAUGGGCUACCGUGCUGUGUCUUCUGGUGCAGGCCCGAGCCAGGUGCCUCAGGGUCACCCACCGCCCUCUCUCUGAGGGCUCAUCUGUUGUCAUCAUCAGCUACCCAUGCUGCGUCCUGGCCGUUCCCCGCCCCAGACUCCACUGGCCCUGUGUGGAGCUGGGGCCCGGCGGUGGUUCUGUCGGCCUUCCUGGCAGUUCCAGAGGCCUUCAAAAUGUGUACAGCAUUUCCCAGUGCCUUCUCGGAGCUCCCAGCAUCUAGGGACCUGUGCUUCUCUCGGGGUCACCCCACAGGAGGCAGGCAGGAAUCUGGGGAGAGAACUGAGUGGUCAGAGAAAGGCGCUUGCCACACCAGGGGCUCUCUAAGCUAAGGCCUCGAGGAGGGUCUGAAGUGGCUACUUCAGGAAGCAAAGCACUCUGCUGUCCGGCACGUGGUGACACCAAACCAAACACACAGCCCUCGAGAGGUACUAAGGUCCCUGCCUUGGGCACAGAGUCCGGCUGAAGAGCUGAGCUGUGUAUAGAAGCCACGAAACACCACACAGCGCAAAGUGAACAGCAGGUCCUUGUAAAAAAGUAAUGCAGGCGUUGUCUCUGGCCAGUCCGAACCCACCUCGUCUCCUGCUCCCCGCCGUGCGCCAUGACGUGAGAAUGUCCCCUCUGUGUAGCUGGUCAAGGUGUCCCUGAGAGCUGGUGUCACUUGGAAAGACGGUGACCCAGCCUCGCACCUCAUUCACGUGCAGUCCUCCGCUAUCACGAGGCUGUGCACAAGCAUCCUGAGGACCCAUCUGGUCUGGGAGAGGAAGGAGUGGCUCUCUGCAUGUGGCUUUGUGUCUGCCCCGACACUUCCAGGACAGGCCCAAUAUAAGCUCUUCUGCCUGCCGACUCCGCUUAGAUUGCCUGACCCCGUGCACACCCAUGCUGCCUGUCUCCCGCCCCCAGCGAGCCCCAUUCGGGCCUCAGCAUGCGACUCGCAGUGCCCAGCAGGGUGGUGCAGCUUCUGGCCCUCCAUAGCAUAGCUGUGCUCAGGGCAAACCCACAAGCCAGAAAUGCCUGCCUUUCUUCCAGAAACAGCAUGUCCCUGGCCCUUUCUCUAGUGGCCGGCCCCAAACCGAAGACAAGCUGCCUGUAGUGUCUUGGUGCUGGGGGAAUGGGGGGUGGGUGACCCACUGGCCAGGGCUCUGGAUGUGUCACAGUGCCCUGCUGUGGGGCUGUCAGGCAGGUGCUGACCUUCGAGCUCCUGAUUCUCUCAUAUUGGGGCCAGGAUGUAAAAACGCAGGGACAAUUUGGUGUACAGUGUCACACUGUGAUCUGCUUGAUUGCCUGGGGUGGACCCGUGAGUUAAAUUUUAUUUCAAACACCCGCUGCUUGUCAAUUCAGGGGAAAUGUGGCUUACUGACAGACUGUUCCGGAAAGAAUGGACACGAGUGCUUUCAGGAGCCCAGGAAGUCACUGUGGAUGCUGGCCCCGUCCGCCCAGGCCACACAGCAGCAUCUCUGCCCCGGCGGCUGCGUCGUUGCAAAACUGCAAUCUUCACAUUAGUGAGGUCACCUGGAGCUUUCGUUUCUGAUUUUUCAGUUUCCUAACUUUCUGUUGCAAAAGUACUGGGACGGAAGUCGAACUGUGAAUGAGACACUGAAAUGCGCUAAAUUGUAUUAAUUAAACUGGAGUUACUUGA